CUAUAUAAAGAGGAUGAGGACAGACCCUCCAUAGCCACGUUUAUCUGGCAGUGGGUGAGACAGCGGUCAGUGUUUGGCACACCAGGACCAUAGGUGGUGGUAGACGGCUAUCCCUUUACAAUGGUGCAGCUCUCUCCAUCCAGUCCUAAUGGCGGUGUUCAGAGAUCUCCGGUGCCGCCAGGCCAGGGUUCUCUGCCGACAUCGCUCUCCUCUGUCGCUGCUCCGCUCCAGAUGUAUGAGACGUAUCUAGAGAACGGCUACAUCAGCCUGAAGCACAAAAUCCGGAACAUUGAGAAAAAGAAGGCGAAAUUGGACGAUUAUAGAGAUCGACUGAACAACGGAGAGGCGCUUAAUCAGGAUCAGCUGGAGGCGGUUGAGAAGUACGAUGAGGUGCUUCACAAUCUGGAGUUUGCCAAAGAACUUCAAAAGACCUUCUCUUCACUCAACCAAGAGUUGAUUAAGGCCCAGAAGAAAGCCCAGAGGCGGGAUCAGGUCCUGAAAGUAGAAGCGGAGAAGAAACGACUGUGCACGAUUCUGCAGACGCAGUACUUGUUGCAGUCAUUCUGUCAGGGCCAUGUGCGAAAAGACUUCAAGAGCGGGCUGAACGGAGCCAUUUACCUCUCCCCUAAGGAGCUGGACAAUGUCUCCAAGUUCGCAGACUUGCUCUGCCACAAGAGGUUCAAACACAUUAGUCUUGAAGAAGAGAUGGGUCAGUUGUCGGUAUACUUGUGGAACCUACUAGAGGGUAAUGAGAAAACUGUAGCAGGGACGAACUACAAAUCAUUAAAAGACCUAGUGGCCAGAAUGUUGGACUGUGGGUACUUUGAGAGUGUCCCAGAGCCCCCUCCGGAGAAGAAGCCAGAGCCUAAACCGGUUGAGCCUCCACAGAUUGAUACCAUCAAAGUGACAAAAGUGACUAAAUCUGAGCCGGAGAGAGAACAGGAGUCCUACGUGGAAUAUGUGAAAACGGAUACACAACACCGUGGGAUUUCUGUGCGGUACUGCUUGCCAAAAAAUGAUCAGAUGGUAAAAGCGCCAGAAGUACAGAAACCAGGAGAGGUCAAAUCCAUCAGGCCAGAGCCAAUAAAGGCAUGGCCGGUGACUGCUACUGUGAAGCUCCAGGAAACAAAGAGGUGGCUUCCUACCCCCUCCGUGACACUGCUCACCAAACCCUGGGAGGCUCAGAGUGCCCCUCAGCCAGCACCCCCUCAGCCCAAGGGUUUUGUACUGGAGCCGCCAAGGGAGAGACGUGAACGGGGUCCAAGACUUCAACCAGAAAUAAAGCCUGUGGCCCAGACUAAGGAUCCUAAAGUGCUGCCUGUGGAAAAUGGGCAGGCUCCGGUGAAGAAAACAGACAUUCCUGUAGCCAUCUCUGCCAAUCACUGCUCUCCAUCUUCCACCAAUGUACAGCCUCAGCGGAUGCAGUCACAGCCGGCCACGGAGUUCUGCUAUUCACCGACUUUACCGAAGGAUCCGCAGCUGAGGAAGCAGAGGCUGGAGGCGCUUAUAGAUGAAAUCAAAGGAACCUACAACUUCAUGCAGGACUCUUUGUUGGAUUUUCAGUUUCCUUCUCCAGUUCCGGCCUCUACAAAGCCGCCGCCAGAACCGGCUCCAGAAGUGCCAGCUGACACCACUGACAAACAGGUGCCUAUUGUGCAAGCUGAAAAGGUUUCUCUCUCCCCAGUUUCCAUGGAACCAAAGAGCGAGCCACUUUCUCUCUCCAUGGAACCAAAGAGUGCGCCACUUUCUCCUGCCAUCUCCGAACCUGCUGCUCCUCCAGCAACCACACCUUCACCUGUAAAUCAUCCUGUUGCUCUGACCAAUGAGGUGGAGAAAUUACCAACCGAGCAAAAAUAUACAGCAGAAUCUGAGCUAACGGAGCCGCAGCUAGAGAGAAACAAGACACCUGUGCCUCUGCCCAGUCCCCAGCUCCAGUCUCCGAAGACCCCAACAAACACCUCGCUCCUGCAGUUGCAGCGGGAAGGAACUCCCUUGUUGGCCAGGAGCCCCCCAGUCUCCUCCCACUCGUCACCAUUCCCAGGCAUGCAGGCUAUCUUUAAAGUGAAUGCUCCGUUGCCAUUGCGUAAGGAGUCGGAGAUUAGGGAGGAGCUGCUGUAUCCCCUGGACUACCAACAGACCUUCAGCACAGCAAGCACACAAACUGCUCCCCAUGGCUACCUAGAUGGGAAUGGUGGUGAUCAGCAGGUGCUGCCCCAGGAGACCUUUAUCUCACCUUCCGUCAGCAAUGGAAGCAUGCCUUGUUAUACAUCCAGUCCCAACCUCGUGCCUCGCAUGCCUCAGCAAUGCUUGACCACCCGCAGUGGGACCAUCAGAGGAACCAGCCGCGGGGGACGUAUAAUGACCAAUGGGUAUCGCUGCCAGACUAUUAAAGGAACAGAGCCUUAUAGAGGGCCCCAGUGUGUCUCCAGUGGACAUUAUGGGCACGCCCCCUGCCCGGGUCGUGAUUAUCCAGUUACACCAUUCAUACCGCGGGAUACUAACUCCUAUCUGUGCCAUAGGAGGGGUUCUGUGACUCCAGGUACUCGCACAGCUUCUAGAAGCUGGAGUGAAUCAUCGCAGCCCGGCAACCCAGAACGUGAGGACAGCAUCUCCAGUAUGGACUCUGGUCUGGGGGAUUCCCGCAGUCUCACACCGGUGGAUAUGUCCAUGAGCAGCCAUGCUGCCACCAUACUGCCAGUCCACGUCUACCCCCUCCCUCAGCAAAUUAGGGUGGCGUUUUCUGCCGCCAGAACAUCCAACUUUGCUCCCGGCUCCUUGGAUCACCCAAUUGUGUUCGACCUCCUGCUGAACAACCUUGGGGAUACGUUUGACUUCCAAGUUGGGCGCUUCAUGUGCCCGGUUAAUGGCACCUAUGUCUUCAUAUUUCACAUGUUGAAACUGGCAGUCAACGUUCCGUUGUAUGUGAACCUGAUGAAGAACGAUGAGGUUAUGGUGUCUGCCUAUGCCAAUGAUGGUGCGCCUGACCAUGAGACAGCCAGUAACCACGCAGUUCUACAACUUUUCCAGGGUGACCAGAUAUGGCUACGGUUACACAGAGGCGCAAUCUAUGGCAGCAGCUGGAAAUACUCUACGUUCUCUGGGUACUUGCUGUACCAGGAUUGACUGGUCGGUAGAUGGCAUUAGCUGUACUGUUCAUGGGUGAUUGGGUCUUGGGUAACGUUGGCUUGAUGAAAGACUGUACAGAUUGGGACUGGACCUUGUGCUUCAAUAUCUACGUCUGAAUCCUGUCUGGACUGAAUAUAAUGUUGAAAUGGCUUUAAUUGGCCCCAGAGUUCUAGCCCUGUCUGCUAUCGAUCUGGUGACACUCCUGGCUGAAUGUAGCGGUGGUGUGGACUGAGCCUGUCUGAGUGCUUCUCCCAUUGCAUAGCUCCUGGUGAGGGGAGAGUUUAUUAGCAGUGUCACAGUGAGCCCUGGACAUACAGAAUAUCAUGUGACGUGACUGGUGCUGAUGUGUAAAUAAAAACACUGAUUGCAA